CUACUGCAGGUGGUGAGGAACAAGAGGGAAGAUGCGGCGGCAGGUCCUCCUCCUCUAUCUGACGGUGGCGUCGGCGGCAUUCCUGUGGGAGGCGACGACGGCGAGGAGGCAACGACACACUCCUGCCAAAUUACAAAGAGACGCGUGUACUGACCAUUCCACCGUCAAGGAGUUGAUCAUGAAGGCUAGGUGCAGGGCAGUGGAACAACCUCUAAAGUUGCCCGUCCCUAAAGGCUUCGACACUGUGCACCCAGCUGUGGUGUUGGUGACCCGGUGUGAAGGAAUGACCUGUCAUCCCCGGGUCCACUCCUGUCUCCCAAUCCACAGCUACAGCUACAACAGGACCAUCCAGGUGUACGCCCACUAUGGCAACCUGAGGAAAUGUUUGGAGAUAACAGUGGAGGAACAUCGCGGGUGUCAGUGUGGCUGCAAGAGGGAGUGUCCAAACAACCAGAUUUUGAACGAGGCUGCGUGUGAGUGUGAGUGUGACCCACGCCUGCAGGAGGUGUGUGAGGCACGCAGUAGGCUGUGGGAUACCUCUACCUGUGAGUGUGUGUGCCCCGUCUUCCAAGAGGUUCAAUGUUCCUCCGGAGAAGUCUUCAUAAACGAGCUCUGCAGGUGUGAGGCUUACUGAUAACCGAAGACCAGCUGCCGUGGGACAACACCUGCCGUCACUAGGAACCAAAGUGCUUAUAUGAGGAACAAGAAUCACCAAGAUAUCUUUUAGGUUUCAACAGGAAGUCAUUCAGUCACUAGAGUGUCAUCAAAUAUGUGUCAAAUGAACGCACGAACAGCAGUAGGGCGUACAAGUGUUAAAGAGCCCUACAGGUGUUACAAAUGUUGUGUGUAUGUAUUGUGAAAGGUCGUAUAAAAGUCAUAUAUUUAAUACAUAAGGUUGUGCAGGUCUUACAAAAAGUCUUGUAGGUUAGGGUAAGUUAGGUUAGGUUAGGUUAGGUUAGGUUGAGUGUUACGACUCUCUUUUCGACAUAGUCACAACAGAUGGUAUCAAUAAAUUGUCCAAUACUGAA